AUGAACGAUACGGAUUCGUGCACGGACGUUGAAAUUUAUCAUAGGACGAUCGGGAUAGGGGAUCUUCUCAAUGUUAUCUCGUUCUUAUAUGUUGGGCCGUUCAUUAUUAGGACUUCAACGGAACAGACGAGUUUGAUUCACAUUGACAAGCAUUUCGAUUCUGUUCCAAAAAUCGAAAGGAAUAAAGACACAUUCUUAGCCGCAAUAGCUGCUUUCAAAGAGAAGAAACCACGGGGUCAUGUCGAGUUUAUUAACACUGCUUUGAAAUAUAUCAAAGAAUAUGGAAUACAUAAGGAUUUGGAUGUUUACAAAGCUUUGUUGGAUGUUUUUCCGAAGGGAAAAAUGAUCCCUCAGAACACAUUCCAGAGGAUAUUCUUGCAUUACCCUAUGCAGCAGAAUUGUUGCGUUAAAGUUCUAGAUGAAAUGGAAUGGAAUGGUGUUCAACCCGACAAGGAAAUUCAUGACAUUGUAGUGAACGCAUUUGGUGAAUGGAACUUCGCCACAAGGAAGGUGAAAAGGAUGCUUUACUGGAUGCCAAAACUGAAAUAUUCCAACAAAUAUUUGGACCGUAGGGACGUCGAAGGAAAAGGACUAUCUGCUCCAGAACUUGCUGGGAUAGCACUAAAAAUGAUGAGCCGAGAUCCUGGUACGGAGCUGACUUUAACGAGGCUCGCUUCCGAAGGACCGCAAGACAACCGUUGGUUUGCAACUGCACAAAGCUUAACACAGAGGAAUCUAAUUCGCGGACUACAUGAUGAAACUGAGGUGUUCAUUGAUGGUCCAUUCAAGGUGUACGUUAUGGAGCACCAAGUAGAAUACAUAGUGAUGACAUGUGCACCUUUACAUACUCAUCAUAAUGAGUUUAAAAAAGAAGAGUUUGAAGAAGAUUUCUCACAUUGGUUCAGUGAAUGGAAACGGGAAAGUUUGGAGAGGAAACGAUCUGUACAUGAGCAAAAGCAUGAAACAAUUUUAGCGAUGGGGGCACUGUACAUGAAUGACAACAGGACAGCUUCUUUAUGGCUGGAGCGGCUUCACGAAGAGAAUCCCAGUUUGAAGAAAUUGAAAACACGGUUGCGGCUCGACAAAAAUGAGAAGCAUAACACAAGCUUUUCCUAG